AACCAGUUACGUCGGCAGAGCCCGGCUAUUCUGGAACGGUCCCGCGCGAGGUCCUCCGGGAUCUGCCGCCGCGGUCUCCUCCGCCAUGUCACCGUGCUUCUUGCGACCGCUCGUGCAAAUUUGAAUCCACCGACACGCACGCACGCCGCCACCCGUGUCGUCGACGACAAGCGCGUGCCACGCCUGCGGCGUCCGUCGCCACCCACCCUUUCGGCCAGCGUCCACUGCAUGAGGUCGCAGCAGUUGCGUCUUCUGCGCCGGCGGCGUCUGCACCACCGAGACGCCUCUCUGGAUUGCAGUGCUGCUAUCGCCAGCGCAACGUCUGCAGCAGUGUGAGUCUACUACGGUGGUCCGGCCGUUUAACCAGCCGGCCUUCCGCAAAAGAGUGGCGCCGUGGGACAUUGGAUAUGUCUCCGUUCCCCUGAGGCGAGAGUUCGCCGCUUGCUGUGACGGCGACAAGUAGUAAGAUCGGGUGUGCCUGCCCCUGCGGUGGUGAGAUAGUAUUCAGAGUGCGGCGUGCCCGGGUCCUUUCUUAUGCGGCACUGAUUAUGCGGGACACGCGGCCACAACGACGACGACACCGAGUGUUGUCCCACGGUUCUUCACUUGGACGUUCGGCGUCCGGACGCAUGCAUGGGAGCCACUAGCGAAGAAGACGCUUACGACAAAGGAAUGCACCAACAGCAGCAACACCAACAACAGCAGCAGCACGCCGGCCGUCCGCCCGGCAAGCUGUCCAACGUUCCUCGCAAGCUGUGGAGGUCGCGGGCCAAGUCCCAGUCCAGGGUGUCCACGCUUAGCGUCUGCAGCUGGAGCCCCGAGGGCUGCUGCCGUUGGCGUUCCCGGACCGGAGGCCGGCUGACGCUACGGCCGACGACUCUCGUGGCGCUCACCGAGACGGAGGCCAUGGGUUUCCGGCCGCUGGCUGUAAAUAGGCUGCAGAGCAUCGGCAUCGGCUGCAAAGUCGACAUACCCAGAGAGGACAGUACGGAGGCGUCGGCGAAACUUCGGAGACGGCCCGCCCUACUUCGUAAGAAGGCCAUUACCACGAGCUUUUUCGAAAGUCGCAAAGAAAGUGACAUUCCGUGUGGACAGGUGUUCGGCGUGGGACUGCAACAGGUGGUGCAGAGCGACCGGCAGCGGUUCCCGGACUCGACGCUGGCCCAGCCGGCCCCCUGGUCGCCCUGGGACCUCGGCCCGGACGUGGCCGCGGCGGACGCCCUGUCGCGGCGCUCGGACAACGCCAGCGAGAGCUCCCUGUCCUCUCUCGCCGACUUCUCCACCGAGGACUCCAGGAAGGAUUCGGUGGACUCUCUACGGCACCGCAGCUCGACUACGGAUCCCGGUGACGACGACGGCCUCACCGUGAACGGGCCUCAGGUGCCACGCGUCGUCAACUGCUGCCUACGCUACCUCGAAAACUACGGUCUCAACACCGUGGGCAUAUUUAGGGUGAGCGGCUCCAAGCGGAGAGUGCGCCAAUUGCGCGAGGAGUUCGACAGUGGCCGCGAGGUCCACCUUGACCAGGAGCGACCUCAGCCGCACGACGUGGCGCAGCUGCUGAAGGAGUACCUGCGCGACCUGCCGCAGCCGCUGCUCACGAGAGACCUGUACCAGCCCUUUCUGUACACCCAGCGGGUGCGGGAGAAAAGCAAGCAGCUGGACAUCCUGCGUCAGUUGGUGCGGCUCCUGCCCACGCACAGCAGAGACACCCUGUGGGCCCUGCUCAAGUUCCUAAACACCGUGGCCGAGAACUCAGUCGACAAGAAGUCUUCCACGGGACAGCCCCUUCCGGGAAACAAGAUGGACGCCCACAACUUGGCCACCAUGCUGGGACCGAACAUUCUGCGCUUCAGCAAGACUUCCGAGAAGGACAAGUUCAUCGUGGAGAACCUGGAGAGGGCCGAAGAGCGUUGCGAGGUCAUCCUCGUGGUGCGACAGCUGAUCGAGAAUUACGAGGAGCUCUUUCGGGUCUCGGCUGAAGACUUGGACAGUCUUUACAAAAGGCUUCUCGUCGAGAGCCCCGAGGACCUCGAAAUCCUCCUCAGGAGGCGCUUCUACAGCGCGCCUGGAUCUCAAGACGACGACGGCAGCGACCAAGUCUUCGACGGCGCCAACGCGGAGGACGAAGAUGAAGAGCCGGAAGAAGAACAACUUCGGACAGUGCUCAUGCGACCCGUCACGACGCUGGCGACGCACCGGGGCCGGGAACGUCGUUCGACCGCGCCGGCUCAGCAGCAGGACGACUCGGUGCCCUACAUACUAAUCACGCCCGAGGCGCGUGGCGCCAGCGAGCGGCGUCGGGCUCCCGCGACGUCAAAGGGCCGAGGUCCGGAGGGCGACGACGACGACGAAGGAGGCAACGUUGACGUUGAGGUGUCUUUCACGCUAAAGAUGCCCUCGGCUCCCAACGUGCCGGCGUACCUCACCGACGCCACGUCGGAGUCCUCGGCCGCGGCGAGGCCCCUGAGGAAGCCGACGCGUGAAACGUCGCCUCCGUCGUCCACCGCGACGACGGAGGAAGAAGUGACCAUCACCAUCGAGGCGGCGCCGACGCCGACGGCUCGCAAGUCCAAGGGCUCGUCGCGCCGGUUCCUGAGUAGCAAGGAGAAGGAGGAGAAGGCGUUCAAGAUCAACAAGAGCAAGUCGGCGUCGUCCAUACUGAGCUUCUUCGGCGGCUCGUCGGAGUCGCGGCGCGACUCGGGCGACGCGUCGUCCCAGCCGCCGUCGCGCCCCGUGCCACGGAGGGACAGUCGCGAGGUGCGCUUCCAGACCGAGAAGUGGCGACGCUGCGAGAUCAUCUCUUCCGAGCACACGGACAAACGCCACAAGUGACGGACGCUCUUUUCUCGUCAGCUGCGCGUGGGACCUCAGUCUACAGAGUGCCGUUUUAAUUUUUUUUUUUAAAUCACUCUGCAAAGAAAUGUCUGCGGCGUUUCUUCCGACGUUGUUUGUGGGGUGGUGUUGGGGAAGCCUAUAAAACACGCUUGCGAGCGAGGACCUUCUCG